GCCGCCGCCGCCGCCACCCCCUCCCCCCUUCAGGCCAUGGCUCGACGUACCCUUCCGCACGUGGUUGUGCUGCUUCUCCUGCUGGCCGGGGUGCUUCGAGCGCUGGAGGUGGCCGCACCGGCCGAGAGCCGCGACCGUCGACAUGCGGAAAUGCCCACCGGCCCGGGGAUCUGGCCCCCACCACCGGCGUCCAUGACCCCGGACACGGUGCGCACACCGCUCCGGGCCACGGUCAGUCGCCUGCGCGAGCUGGUGCCACUGCUGCAGGCCGAGCGCAAUGCCGUCAUCAUCCCCGACAAGUAUAUCAUCGUCUUCCGCAGCGAUGUGGAUGAUGGGCUGUUUGGGGAGUUUUCCGCCCGCUGGGCCCCGGACGGGCGGAUGAUCACCUUUGGCUCGCGGCUUCGGGCGUUGGCCGCCCGCUUGAGCCCGCACCUGCUGGCGCGCGUGCGCAACCGCUCGGACAUCAUCGAGUACAUCGAGCACGAUUUGGUGGUGUCCAUCGAGGCUCCGGUCCCCGACCGGCGCAUCUUGCCCCCCCUGCUCGGGCCCAAGCGCCCGGGCGGGGGGGGUGACGCUCCGAAUGGGCCGGCCAGCGCGCCGCGCGUCCCCCCGCCGCCCCGGGCCGAGGACCCCGGCGCGAAGACGCGCGAUGUCACCAUCCAGCUGAACCCCACUUGGGGCUUGGACCGGGUGGAUCAGCGCCAGCUGCCUCUCGACCGGCGGUACUACUUCGACGCCGAGGGUGGCCGCGGGGUGGAUGUCUACGUGCUGGACACCGGGAUCCAGCAUGACCACCGGGAGUUUGGGACCCGUGCUCGGGCCGGGUGGAAUUUCCACCGCGGCGGAUCCCUGGGCAAGCCCGGGUCCUAUGAUGACAAUGGCCAUGGCACACACUGUGCCGGGACCAUCGCCGGCAUCACCUUCGGCAUUGCCAAGGCCGCCAAUGUGGUGGGCGUCAAGGUCCUCGGGGCCUCCGGGGCCGGGGCCAUGUCCAACGUGGCGGCCGGCAUCACCUGGGUGACCAAGGAGCACCGCAAGGUGCCCGGGGCUCGGUCGAUCAUCUCCCUGUCCCUCGGGAGCCCGGGGUCGAAUAUCAUCGACAAUGCGGUGAAGAUCGCCAUCGAGGAGGGCAUCAUCCUGGUGGCGGCGGCCGGCAAUGAGAACCGCGACUCGUGCUUCGUCUCCCCGGCGCGCAUUCCCUCGGUGAUCACGGUCGGCGCCGUUGAUCGUGCCGACCACCGGGCCUCCUUCUCCAAUCAUGGCAAGUGCGUGGACAUCUUCGCUCCCGGGGUCAGCAUCACCAGCGCCUGGAUCGGCAACUCCCGGACCAACACCCGAGCCCUGUCCGGCACGUCGAUGGCCUGUCCGCAUGUCAGCGGUGCGGCGGCCCUCAUGCUGGCCCAAGAUGCCUCCAUGGACCAGGUUCGCAUGAAGCAGGCCCUUCUCGACCGGUCUGUCCCGGACCUGGUGACCGACCCGCGGGGCUCCGGCAAUCGAAUGCUCUUCAUCAACCCAUUCGAGUGAAGGCCCC